UACAAGAAAAGUGGUUUCUGAUACGCCCAUUUUGGCCGAAAUUGAUUGCAAUUUCUGUUAAAGAAGCCGUCGUGUCGCGGUCGGUGUCCUCUUUGUCGAUGUUGUAAUCUUGUAAAGUAAGAAAUAACCCAAAUAUUCAGACGGAACUACUAACAUUUCAUUCUCGUGCCGUGGAUAUAAGAUCAAAGUAAACCGCUCGAUUAAAUGAAAGUGCACAUUCGUUAAAAAGACCGACUUGAGAGUACAUUAAAUCACUGCAUUUGUUUAUCAGCGAGUCGCCAUUGUCGGGCGCAGCUAAAAUCCAACCACAGCCAGUCAGUCGGUAGGCAUCUUAUCUGCCUCCGUUGCCGUUGCGGCGCUUAUUAGCGUGCUAGUCUCAACCAAGUUCGCCGAGGGACGCAACGAAAGCUCUGACCGUUUAAAGUGAGUGUGUGGACGACGACGUCGUUGUUCGAAAGAGUCGAGACCACUAACGAUUGUUUGUUUUGUGAAAAUUCUCUGAGUACCUAACCGCCGAAAAAGACGCCGGCGACGGAGUCGUCUUGUGGCAGUGUCUGAUCGGCUUCACUCCCGCAUAGAGCAUAUUAAGGUUUGUAAAGUAGAAGCGCUGCGUCCUCAUCAGUAAUCACGUAAACGUUGUAUUUGUGGUCAACACAAAAGAAAAGUUUUCUUAUCUCAGCGGUUUUGCAGUAACUUAGCGAAAAUUAAUAAAUUAACAACAAUGGCACCUGUGCGGGGGGACGGUAUGAGAGGUCUGGCGGUUUUUAUAUCGGAUAUAAGAAACUGUAAAAGUAAAGAGGCCGAAGUGAAGCGCAUCAAUAAGGAGCUCGCCAAUAUUCGCAGCAAAUUUAAAGGCGAUAAAACGCUCGACGGUUAUCAAAAGAAGAAAUAUGUGUGUAAGCUGUUAUUUAUUUUUCUGCUGGGACACGACAUCGACUUUGGCCAUAUGGAGGCGGUCAAUUUACUUUCUUCGAACAAAUAUUCGGAAAAACAAAUUGGCUACCUAUUCAUUUCGGUGUUGGUGAACACCAAUAGCGAUUUGAUACGCUUGAUCAUACAAUCGAUCAAAAAUGAUUUGCAAUCACGCAAUCCUGUACAUGUGAAUUUGGCUUUACAGUGUAUUGCCAAUAUUGGCAGUCGGGAUAUGGCGGAGUCUUUCUCGAAUGAAAUACCAAAGUUAUUGGUAUCGGGUGAUACAAUGGACGUUGUAAAGCAAUCGGCUGCACUUUGUCUUCUACGUUUAUUCCGCUCCAGUCCUGAUAUAAUACCAGGUGGGGAAUGGACAUCUCGUAUCAUUCAUUUGCUCAACGAUCAACAUAUGGGCGUGGUUACGGCUGCUACUUCAUUGAUUGAUGCACUUGUCAAGCGCAAUCCCGAAGAGUAUAAAGGUUGCGUAAAUCUAGCCGUGUCACGUUUGUCGCGCAUCGUUACUGCCAGCUAUACGGAUUUGCAGGAUUACACAUAUUAUUUUGUGCCAGCGCCGUGGUUGUCGGUGAAACUUUUGCGUUUGCUACAGAACUACAAUCCAGUUACAGAGGAACCGGGUGUGCGUGCGCGUUUGAAUGAAACGCUCGAGACGAUUCUGAAUAAGGCACAGGAGCCACCGAAAAGUAAAAAAGUCCAACAUUCGAAUGCCAAGAAUGCAGUGCUGUUCGAGGCCAUUAAUUUAAUUAUUCAUAGCGAUAGUGAGCCGAAUUUGUUGGUGCGCGCUUGCAAUCAGCUGGGACAGUUUUUGAGUAAUCGCGAAACAAAUUUGCGUUAUUUGGCUUUGGAGUCUAUGUGUCAUUUGGCCACAUCAGAAUUCUCACAUGAAGAGGUGAAGAAACAUCAGGAGGUGGUCAUCCUAUCCAUGAAGAUGGAGAAGGAUGUGUCGGUGCGUCAAAUGGCUGUGGAUUUGCUGUAUGCGAUGUGCGAUCGUGGUAAUGCUGAAGAAAUCGUGCAGGAAAUGCUGAACUACUUGGAAACGGCUGACUACUCCAUACGCGAAGAAAUGGUGCUUAAAGUGGCCAUUUUAGCUGAAAAAUACGCUACUGAUUACACUUGGUACGUUGAUGUCAUACUCAAUCUGAUACGUAUUGCUGGCGAUUAUGUCUCUGAGGAAGUCUGGUAUCGUGUUAUACAGAUCGUUAUCAAUCGGGAGGAAGUUCAAGGCUAUGCAGCAAAAACUGUUUUCGAAGCUCUGCAGGCGCCGGCUUGCCAUGAGAAUAUGGUUAAAGUAGGCGGUUACAUUUUAGGCGAAUUUGGCAAUCUUAUCGCUGGCGAUUCACGUUCCGCUCCACUCGUACAAUUCAAAUUGUUACACUCGAAAUAUCACCUCUGCUCACCUAUGACACGCGCCUUGUUGCUGUCGACAUAUAUUAAAUUCAUAAAUCUUUUCCCCGAGAUACGCACCAACAUUCAGGAAGUGUUCCGGCAACAUAGUAAUUUACGCUCCGCAGAUGCCGAGUUGCAACAGCGUGCUAGCGAAUAUUUGCAACUGAGUAUUGUCGCGUCGACUGAUGUGUUGGCGACUGUAUUGGAAGAGAUGCCAUCAUUCCCCGAGCGCGAAAGUUCCAUUUUGGCUGUUUUGAAGAAGAAAAAACCUGGCCGUGUGCCCGAGAAUGAGAUUCGCGAGUCGAAGAGUCCAGCACCGAAUGCGUUGGCGCAAAAUAAUAUACUUGUAAAUCACAAGGUGAAUAGUAAUGCCAAUGCAGAUUUGUUAGGUUUGAGCACACCGCCUGCUGGCGUAAAUAAUACGGGAGGCAGUGGCACUUUAAUAGAUGUGUUGGGCGAUAUUUAUGGCAAUAACAAUACGGCGACUUACAACUCGAAGAAGUUUCUUUUCAAGAACAAUGGAGUACUCUUUGAAAAUGAAAUGCUCCAGAUCGGUGUGAAGAGCGAGUUCCGGCAAAACCUUGGACGUUUGGGACUAUUUUAUGGCAACAAGACACAAACACCGUUGACGAAUUUCAUGCCAGUACUUCAGUGGGGCGCAGAGGAGGCACUGAAACUUAACGUACAAGUGAAAUCCGUGGACCCCACACUGGAAGCUGGUGCACAAAUUCAGCAAUUACUCACCGCUGAAUGCAUUGAGGAUUAUGCGGAUACACCCACCAUCGAAGUGAAUUUCCGCUUUAACAAUGUGCCACAGAAAUUCAGCAUUAAAUUGCCACUGACAUUAAAUAAAUUUUUUGAACCAACGGAAAUGAAUGCGGAAUCGUUUUUCGCAAGAUGGAAAAAUUUGGGAGGCGAACAACAAAGAGCACAAAAGGUCUUCAAGGCACAACAACCACUGGAUCUGUCUGGUGCGCGCAAUAAGCUAAUGGGAUUCGGCAUGCAACUAUUGGAAAAUGUUGACCCCAAUCCCGAUAAUAUGGUGUGUGCAGGUAUCAUACACACGCAAACGCAACAGGUUGGCUGUCUGUUGCGUCUGGAGCCGAAUAAACAAGCGCAAAUGUUUCGGCUGACUAUACGCGCCAGCAAAGAAACAGUCACCCGAGAAGUAUGUGAGCUGCUCUCAGAUCAGUUCUAAAAAUAAAUAAACAGCAACGACGACCUUCUUAGUGUAGGCUAAAAAAGUAAAUAAUCAUGAAAACAUAACCUAAAUUGAUUAAGACGCUAUUUGAACGUCUAAAUAACGGCGUUUCUUAUGGUUAUACGUCAAAGGGGAGAUCAUAUAAAGCGGAAUAAAAUGCGAGGAAAAUGCAAGAAUAAAGAAAAAAUUACUAAAAAAAACUACUUUCUCCUAUUUAGCACAAUUCAAAAAUCUAAAGGCAAAACUUUUUACAAAUAUAAAUAAAAAGUACAUAAACUAAAAAUUCAAAUGUAUGAACAAUUGUAUAGCUUUUGCAAUACAUUAGCGUUUAGCUCAACUAAUUGUGUGGACAUUUUUGAGUAUUUAAUUUUCCAUGUACGUGUGCGAAAAUCUAAAAUGUAAAGAAAUCUGCGGUACAUCGUUUCAACUGCGUUAAAGUAGCUAGGUCUACCAUUGAGCGAUCAGCAUACAUAAAUGUUUUCCUCUCUCAUCCAAUGAAAUUUCACACAAAAAAAAAAAACAUAAGAAAUAAACAAUACAAUGUUUGUUCGUUUAGAAUUAAAAUAACCAAAAAAAUUAUGUUGAGUAUUCAUAAAAAACGUGCAACUGAUUAAGAAAAAGAAAAUAAUAAUAAAUAAAACAGUCUUUAUCAUUUUUACAUUAAAAUUUGAUUACCCGUAAAUAUAUAUGGAAAAGAAAAUGAAUAUAAUAAAUUACUGUUACUAAAAAUGCGAGAGGGAGAGGAACUCUAAAAUAGGAAGAACAGCAAUACUUUUACAACAAAAUUAUGAAUCUAACUUACCUAGUAAACAGGGCGGGGGCUAAAGACAUGUGCUACAAUCAAAGAAACUUGUCGGGGGAAAUUUUUGAUCAAAGUAGAAAUCAAUGGAAUAAAAAUACAAUUUCUUUUUGCUUAAUCCGCGUUUAGUUUAGGUUAUUUCCAAAUCCAAUAACAUUGUUUUCGAAAAAAUAUACUGUAUAUACCUUCUUUUUGAUAUGAGUUCAUGAUGCUUAGUAUGAAAAGUUGGCAUAGGGGUUGUUGUAGAGAAUAGCUGACACAAUUUUCGUUAUCGUUAUGUCAUUAAAGAACAAAAAAAAAAAAAGAAAAAAAA